UCACCUGUAGCUGAGCACUGACUGCUGCCACACCUCCACACAUCAUUACUUACUUUCUGUCAGUUCUGUUUCAGUCUUGGGUCAGCUAAUAUACAGCAGAUAGGUUAUUUAAACGUAUGAAAAUGGAAUAGUGUAGUAAAAAUACUGUAAAAACGAUGGCAAACCGUCAAAAUGUGGUGUUAGGUGGUGUAGCGGUUAGCACGCCUAGCAUACAUCCUCCCGUGUAAGUCAUUUCGGAUACAAGAUAAAUGUAAAUAUCUAGUACAUGUCUAAACUUUUACCUGUGUCUUCUCUUACUUGACUCAGAAAAAUCUGCUGAAUAAUAAUGACAACGUUCCCAACAUUUGCAGACAGGCAAAAUCCUUUCGAACAAAAGCUUCUUUUUUUUAUCGGUGGGGAUUUACCUUGUUGCCAGUACAGCUUUCUUCCUAAGAAACCUUAACCCCCCCAAGCAGCAGGGCACAGAAAGUUCACAAUCUUACCACACAACAAUGUGAUUACAGAAAGCUCUUUUCCCUCUGUGUCAAAAUCAAACCGAGACAUUGACCAAUAUUUAAUCCCGCUAAUCACGGCGGCCACUCCCAAUUUUGACAUAAAAUAAGAUGCUCUGCAUUCGCUCCGAGCUUUCUGGCCCACGGACUCCGGAGCUGUGGUUCGUCCAGUCGUCAUGAUCUUCUACCAGCUGCUCGGCUUUUUCUUCGCAGCAUCCAAACACAGAGAGAAGAAGGAGUCCAAGUAUGACCUGUCCCUCUACAGACGGGGGGAUCUUUUAGAAGUACCCAGGACUUUGUUCACGCAUUUCGGUAUUUACCUGGGCGAUAACCGCGUGGCUCAUCUCAUACCGGACAUCCUGCCUGUGUUAACGAGGAACGAGAAGUUUGUUGCCGAAAUGGUAACGAAUAAUCGCCUCCUGCUGGGGGUCAUUGCUAAGGUAGCCAGCGUCAGAGUGGACUCCGUGGCGGAUUUUGCCUACGGGGCAGAGAUCGUGGUCAACCACAUGGACAGGGUGUGCAGCCAGUCUCCACUGGAGGAGGAGGAGGUGGCCCGGAGAGCCGAGAAGCUCUUGGGCUCCGUCAACUACAGUUUACUGUGGUACAACUGUGAACACUACGUCAUGUACUGCAGAUAUGGCAUGGCUAUCAGCUACCAGACGUACCAGUUCUGCACGGCCGUGAGGAAGAUCGUCUGCAGCAGGAUGAGCUCCUACAUGACUGCUGUCUGUGGUGUGGGGACCAUGCUGUGUCUGGACUGUGUGACCCCACUGACACUGUUACUGACCCUGCUAAUCUCAUUCACCAUCUGGAUGGCAGCCUAAACAGCUGUUGUGGCUCCAGAACAGUGUUGGACCGUGACAUGGUUCGGUCAAAGCACUUUUUUUUUUUUUUUUGUAUCUGAUUUUUUUUU